AUAAAUACGGAAUAUUGUAAGCAAACAGCUAACAGUUGCAGUCUGUCGAACUAUCAAGUACAUAGGUACAACAAGAUCUUCAAAAAACAAAACAAAUAAAAUGGCCGCUAAGAUGAUCAUUUUCGCCGCCUGCGUGGCCACCACACUCGCCCAAUACUCCGCCCCGGCCUACAAGCCAGCUUACUCGGCACCCGCUUACGCCGCACCAAAGGCUUACGCUCCGGAGCCCGCUUACGCUCCGGCCCCGUACAGCUUCGAGUACGCCGUAAACGACCCACACACCUACGACAUCCACAGCCAACAAGAAUCCAGCGACGGAUACGGCAACGUCAAGGGAUCCUACAGCCUCGUCGAAGCUGACGGUUCCACCCGUAUCGUCGAAUACACCGCUGACUCUUACGGUUUCAACGCUGACGUCAAGAAAAUCGAAGGAUCAGGAUACAAGGCCCCAGCUUACAAACCAGCAUACUCUGCACCGUCUUACUCCGCUCCGGCCUACAAGCCCGCUUACUCCGCACCAGCAUACUCUGCACCGGCCUACUCUGCACCAGCUUACUCCGCACCAGCUUACUCCGCACCGGCAUACUCCGCACCGGCUUACAAGCCAGCAUACUCUGCACCAUCUUACUCCGCACCGGCUUACAAGCCAGCAUACUCUGCACCAUCUUACUCCGCACUGGCUUACAAGCCAGCAUACUAAUUUUCUUAGUCAUAUGACACCUACGCGUCAUCUUUUUUCUUCGACAUCUUUCUUCUUUUUUUUUUUUGUACUCCUGAGUUAUCGUGUUCAUAUUAAACCGUGGUUUAAGUCUUAUAUAUGUUGCCACAUAUUAAUGUAAAUGACAAUGGAUACCAUAACUUAUUAUGUA